CUGACAUGCGUGAAUUUCACCAAAAGGUGUGCAAAUUUUGAGGUUGUUUUAUUGUGCAUUCUACUGAUAAAAACAGUGAUAAAAUGGAUGGAAAUCCCAAGAAGCCCAUCUUUCGUGACCUGACCGCCGAGGAUCCUGAACCGGAAGCCACGGAGAUUGAGAGUCUGUGCGUGAAUUGCAUGAAAAACGGCACAACGAGACUACUGCUCACCAGAAUCCCGUUCUACCGAGAAGUCAUUCUCAUGUCGUUUGAGUGCGAAGAUUGCGGCUAUCGGAACAAUGAAAUCCAAUCCGGAGGUGAGAUUGCCGAUCGCGGCUGCAAAAUCACGGUGGAAGUGAAGGAUGUGCAGGACUUGAAUAGGAAAGUGGUGAAAUCUGACUACAGUAGUAUCAAGAUUGUGGAGCUGGACUUUGAGAUUCCGUCGCAAUCGCAGAAGGGCGAAAUCACCACAAUUGAGGGCAUUCUGGAGAGGAGCAUAAAGGGGCUCGAGCAGGAGCAGACAAUUCGUCGGGCCGCUUAUCCGGACGUUGCUGUGCAAAUUGACGAGUUCUGCGAUUCGCUGCGGAAACUCAAGGACGGCAAGGAGCCAUUCACGUUCAUUCUCGAGGACAUGACGGGAAAUUGCCACGUGGAGAAUCCAAAUGCGCCGGCGGCGGAUCCGCAGAUGACAGUGAAUCGCUUUCUGCGUACUGAGGAGCAGAAUCACCAGCUGGGCAUCUACACACAGGCGGAGGUGGGCAAGGAGAAGGGCGACGACGGGAACUUCCUGCUCAAGAUGAUCGAGGAGGACGAGUGGCCGCUGGAGGAGCUGCAGGGCGAGGUGCUGCAGUUCUCCACGCUCUGUCCAGAGUGCCGCUCGCCGUGCGAGACCAACAUGAAGAUGACCAGCAUUCCGCACUUCAAGGAGGUGGUGAUCAUGGCCACAGUGUGCGACGUGUGCGGCUGCAAGACGAACGAAGUGAAGUCCGGCAGUGGCAUUGAGGAGUUUGGCGUGAGGAUUGAGGUCAAGAUCACUGGCAGGGAGGAUCUGUCGAGAGAUGUGUUGAAGUCCGACACUUGUGGACUCGUCAUUCCGGAGAUUGAUUGCGAGGUGGGGCCCAGCGCCCUUGGUGGACGCUUCACCACUGUCGAGGGCAUCCUGGAGGCGAUGAAGAAGCAGCUGAGCGACGGCGGAGAGACAUUUGUGGACUCCACUGAUGACUCCACGAAGCGGAAGUUUGACAAAUUUAUCAGCACUCUUGAAGAGAUUAUAGCCGGAAGGAAGCAAAUCACUCUGAUCUUGGACGAUCCGGCGGGGAAUAGCUAUGUGCAGUCCCUGGUGGACGGUGACGAAGCCGAUGAGGCGCUGAAAAUCACAAAAUACACCAGAACCUUUGAUCAAAACGAAGAGCUGGGCCUGAACGACAUGAAGACGGAGAACUACGGUGAGGAGUUCCUGGAGAAGGAAGCCGCAAAGAGCUAAUCCAGGCGCAAUCAGUGGUAGUUUAUAGUGCAUUUUGAGAAUACAUAUACCACGGAA